AGUGGAGGCGCCGCCAUGUUGCGCGGGGCGGGGCGCCGGGCUGCGGCGGCGGCGGCGGCGGCGGGGCGGGCCGAGGGGCGGCGGCGGCUGCCUGCAGCUGUCAGCGCCCGCGCCUUGGGGGCUGGGCCCCGCGCCGACCUCCGCGGCCGCCGGGUCGGGCCUGUCAGCGCAUCCGGAAGGGUCGCGGUGCCGACCCGCUUCCUUUCCUUCCUCGCCUCUCUCCCUUUUCUUCCCCCCUUCUGAAAAAAAAACCCCUUUUCCUUCCUCCCUUCCGCCCGCCCAUCGCUGACAUCCUCCUCCGGCCGCCUCCUCUCCGCCCCCGCGGGCUGCGCGGCCCCCGCCGCCUGCGCGAGCGCUGCGCACAUCGCCCCAGCCUGCAGCACCGAGCGAAUGUAUGAAAACAUGUCCACAAUGGUGUAUCUAAAGGAAGAGAAGUUGGAGAAGCUUACUCAAGAUGAAAUCAUUGCCAAAACUAAGCAAGUUAUUAAUGGACUAGAGGCACUGAAGAAUGAACACAAUUCAAUUUUACAGAGCUUACUUGAAACACUGAAAUGUUUGAAGAAAGAUGAUGAAACUAAUCUGGUUGAAGAAAAAUCAAACAUGAUUCGAAAGUCACUGGAGAUGUUGGAACUUGGACUUAGUGAAGCACAGGUAAUGAUGGCAUUGUCAAAUCAUUUAAAUGCAGUGGAAUCAGAGAAGCAGAAACUGCGUGCUCAGGUUCGCCGGUUAUGCCAAGAAAAUCAGUGGCUACGGGAUGAACUGGCCAAUACACAACAGAAACUACAGAAAAGUGAGCAAUCUGUGGCUCAGCUGGAGGAAGAAAAGAAACAUCUAGAAUUCAUGAAUCAAUUAAAAAAAUACGAUGAUGAUAUCUCACCAUCAGAAGACAAAGAUACGGAUUCCACCAAAGAGCCUUUGGAUGACUUAUUUCCCAAUGAUGAAGAUGAUCAGGGACAAGGAAUUCAGCAACAGCAUAGCAGUGCAGCUGCUGCUGCCCAGCAAGGUGGCUAUGAAAUUCCAGCAAGAUUAAGGACCCUUCAUAAUCUUGUUAUCCAGUAUGCUUCCCAAGGUAGAUACGAGGUUGCUGUACCGCUUUGUAAACAAGCUCUUGAAGAUCUGGAGAAGACUUCAGGUCAUGAUCAUCCUGAUGUUGCCACUAUGUUGAACAUACUUGCUUUGGUGUACAGGGACCAGAACAAAUACAAAGAUGCAGCAAACCUCCUGAAUGAUGCCUUGGCUAUCCGUGAGAAGACUUUGGGCAAAGAUCAUCCAGCGGUGGCAGCAACUCUAAACAACCUUGCAGUGCUUUAUGGUAAACGCGGAAAGUACAAGGAAGCUGAACCUUUGUGUAAGCGAGCUCUGGAAAUCAGAGAAAAGGUCUUGGGGAAAGAUCACCCUGAUGUCGCCAAGCAAUUAAAUAACCUGGCUUUACUGUGCCAGAACCAGGGUAAAUAUGAAGAGGUAGAAUACUACUAUCAGAGGGCACUGGAGAUUUACCAAACUAAGCUGGGACCAGAUGAUCCAAAUGUUGCAAAAACGAAGAAUAACCUGGCAUCCUGCUAUCUAAAACAGGGCAAAUUUAAGCAAGCAGAAACUUUAUACAAAGAGAUUCUUACUCGUGCUCAUGAACGGGAAUUUGGUUCUGUAGAUGAUGAAAAUAAACCUAUUUGGAUGCAUGCUGAAGAAAGGGAAGAAUGCAAAGGAAAGCAAAAAGAUGGCACAUCUUUUGGAGAAUAUGGUGGCUGGUACAAAGCUUGCAAAGUUGAUAGUCCAACAGUAACAACUACCCUAAAGAACCUUGGGGCACUUUAUAGACGGCAAGGCAAAUUUGAAGCUGCUGAAACGUUAGAAGAGGCAGCAAUGAGAUCUCGUAAACAGGGUCUUGACAAUGUUCAUAAACAGAGAGUUGCUGAAGUGCUGAAUGACCCUGAGAGCAUAGAGAAAAGGCGCAGCCGAGAAAGCCUCAAUGUCGAUGUGGUAAAGUACGAGAGUGGUCCUGAUGGAGGCGAGGAAGUGAGUAUGAGCGUAGAAUGGAAUGGGGAUGGCACUGGAUCUUUAAAACGCAGUGGUUCCUUUAGCAAACUUCGUGCUUCCAUUAGACGCAGCAGUGAGAAGCUGGUUAGAAAGCUGAAGGGCGGAAGUUCACGAGACAGUGAACCAAAGAACCCGGGCAUGAAGCGUGCCAGUUCUCUGAAUGUUCUUAACAUGGGUGGCAAGGCUACUGAAGAUCAUUUUCAAGAACGAAAUAAUUGUCUAACAGACUCGAGAGCUCUGAGUGUCAGUCAUACUGAUUUGGCGCAUUGAGAUUCUUGGACAGAAGCUAGCUAAAAUUCCUUUGUGGAUAAAGAAGCACUGAGACCUUCAAAGCUUUGGUUCCUCAUCACUAUGUAUAGGAACAUCUAGUUUGUUGAUUUUUUGGGGGUGAGGCAAUUGACUGCUGUUUUUACUUUUCUAAACAGUGACAAUUUUAAAUAGAGCAUUAGUGAAUAUUUUCUUCUAAAGAGAAACUAUAUAGAUAAAUAUUGCUCAUUGCACUGCUCCCAUUCAUGCUACUUAUGUUGAUUUGUUUAAUAGAUCUGAAUAUUACAGCAGCCAAAAACUUGUAAAAAUACAGAUGCAUUUAAAGCAUACCAAAAUGCAAAGAUGUUUGAAAGUGCAGAUAAAAUGAAAUAUGUAGCAGUAAAUAUAUACAGUGCUGGAAUGAGAAAAGGAUAAAUUAUGUGCAUUACUGUAUAAAUUCAGAUUCAGCAUACUGUAGUGGUGGGGCUUUUCUUUGUACCACUGAUUAUUUAAUGUUAGAGACCUUAUCUGGUAAAACAGCACUUGGACAUUGGCUUACUUAACCACUAGAUCAAGCUGUUAAAUUUUAUAAAAAAAGAUGGUUGGGGUUACCUUAUGUUUAAACAGCAUGAAUAGCAAUACCUGUGACCGCAAAUUUGGUAUUUGUUGCUAUAAGUUUUAGGGCACAAUAAUCAAUGGAAAUAGGACAGUUAAUGUUGAUCAGGACAAAUGGAAUAUGUUUUGACCUUUAUCUUCUCUGGCUGAAGAAUACUGAAGCUUCGGACUGCAACUGUCCCAGAUCAGCUGCUGUUGCUGUUAGGGAAACAUCAAGCCUCAGGUUGAUUCUUUUCUUCCUUGUCCACUGGAAUUCACAGUUCCAUCCUCUCUAUGCAGAAAGUGCUCCAGCAUUUCCUUCUGCUGAUCCCAGAUCCUGCCUUUCUCCGUAAUAGCAGACAACAGCAGAAGCAAGUGAAGCAGGUGACUGCACGCUAAGCUGUUAUACUGUGGAGUAGCUGCUGUGCAAAGGACCACUCGGAUCUUAAGGGCCCCAGUGGAAGCACUAGAUGGCCAUAUGUGGCGAGCAACAUGUUUGACCACACAUCCGUGUUAAAUCUACUUACGGUUAAUAUAUAUGCUGUCUGUAUACAGGACUGCUGCUGGAAUUAAGUAUGUAUGUUUUAAAUAUUUUAUAGACACUAGUAUUUCCUUUUGCUUUUCUGUAAAGCUUGUAAUUUUGUUCAUCUUCUGUAAAAACUCCUAUUCAUGUGAAGUUGGAUGAGAAAGUAAAAAAAGAAAAAAACAAAAAACUGUGUGUAUACAAAUGUAUUUGUGGUCAUAGUUGUGUAGUUGGAAAAUGCAAAACAAAAUUGACUUUGGGAAGAGCUGGAAUAUUCAUCCAAGGUUAGCACCAGCUGAAGGAGGAAAAACAAGAGAACAUAAACAAGUUUUAGUGUUUGAAUAGGCUGUGAAGAAGUCCUUAGAAUUAGUACUUCUUAGAAGUAUAUGACUGGUUUUGCAUCUGGUUUUAAACUGUUACAGUAACCAAUGCAAAAAGUUGUAUAUGUAAUGCACUUGACUAUGUUUACUAGGAGGUACCUUAUUAGCAUCUCUUUAAAGAAAGUUGCAUAUGGUAUACCUGCUAUAAAGAGUGUUUGGAAAUGGUGAGAUAUGAUGCUGCUAAUAUGUAGAAGUUUUUAGCACAGAGUAGUGCAAUUCAUUAAUGAAUUUGAGCAAGAACAAAUUGUUGCUCAGUUAUCUUAACAAUAUAUACUCAUAUAAUGUAAACUCUUGAGUUUUAAUCUUUUAUUAAAGUGUUUUUAUAUAUGUAAAUAUUAUAUCUUUUUGUUUUUAAUUCUUUUUCCAGGAAAAUAUGUUAUAUGCACCCAUUGGUGAGUUCAGUUCUCUGCAUAAAGCCUGACUGAAGUAGCUUUGUACAGAGAACUAUUAAUAUAGUUGCCAAGCCAGGUGGGUAUCUGUCCCUAAUUGACAGGCAGGCCAGCAGGGUUGCAGGAGGACUCUACCACAAUUGUGGCUUCAAAAAUCUGACUUCCUGAACAUGAAAGCUAUUUUGGACACAGAGCUCAUUUUGGUAAUAGGGAAUUAGUUAAAAGAAAUUGAAGAACUUGUUUUUGAACCUUCAUCUUUCAAGUUCAAAGGAAAAUGUUUUUGCAGCCUCUCAAAAAAACUGGGACUUCCAUAAAUAGAAAUAAAAUAUUUAACCAUGUCAGACUAGCCAUAAACAUUACCUUUUUAAAAUACAAGAGUGAUUGUGAUAGGAAAUUUUCUCAUUUAGGGUUUAAAAUAGCUUUGAUAGUUGGUGGCACUACUAGUACUGUGCUUCUAAAGGUCUUAAGCUCUUAUACAGUGUUUAAAAGUGUAUUGGAAGAUGAAUCUAAAUUGUUGGCUUACUGCUUGUUAAACAAUUCCUAUAUUUAAAAGGUUAGUAUUUUCAGAGAAGAAAUACAAAUUUCAAGACUGUUCCCUAAUACAUAGAUCCUGAAGGGUGUUGGCCAAAUACUUAUGAUCAAUCUUAUGGUUAUGACCCAGCAUACUAUUUGCAGCUUGAGAGAAACUUUGUAAAGUAUGAAAACAAAUUUAAGGUUAAGCUUCCUUGUGUUCGAAUAAUGAAUUAAUUACUGUAUGGACGUGGUUUGUGUAUAUAUAAAUUUCAGGUGGGCUUUUCAGUCGGCUUUUAUGUAAGAUUUUCUUUCUGAAUUCCCUCUGUUCCAGUUGCAGCUAACAGUUUGCAUGAAGUGUAAAAGUGAAACGGCUAGCUGUGUAAUUCUUAGAUGUCUUCUGUAACAAACUUAAUCACGGUUCUGAUGAAACACGAGGCUAAUAGGAACCUUCAGAAUUGACAGAUCUUGUUAGGGAAGCUACAAGCCUUGGUAGUAAUAUCUUGUUCUUUAUCUACAGUGUUUUUCUUUGCUCAGAACAGUAAGCAUCAGCUUUAUUAAAAAGGUAAUGAAGACUUCAGAUUAAGCUAGUUCCUGUAGAUUCUCCCUCAAUUAACAGUGGCUAGUUUUUCUGGGGUUUGCAGUCAGCGAGACUUGCGUGUAGGAAGAAUCGUACAUGAAUUGUUACUGAUACAGAGGUGGGUGCCUGUUCCCCUUUUAUCUAUGUGGUUGUGCACUACUUUUUAACAAUAUUGGCAAUACUUGUUCUUGAGUUAGAGCUUAUUAAAUAUACAAGUGUUAUAUUUUACAAUAAUAAUUUGCUUCUCUUCCAGAGGAACAGCUGAACUAAUGCUGUAGUAUUUGUGAUCGUAGUACCAUAAUGAUAGAACAUAGCAGUUAAUGGAAUGAAAUAACCAAUGGACAUGAUUUCUAGAGUUUGUGUCUUUUCUUAAAAAGCAAAUCAAAAAAAACCCCAAAAGCCCUCCUGAAUGGUAGUAAUUUAAAAUGGUUUCAAGCUUGAGAAGUAUUUGUGGUUAAAUUAUAUAGCUUGAUUUCAGCAAUUUAGAAAAUAGUGUGAUUGUGUUGUGAACGUAAAGCAAAAGGGACAUGCAGUGCUUCAUCUAAAGUUUGUUUACAAUACUCGAUAGGUUCAAGUUAAUUUAGUUUUCAUUAUGCAGGUCAUAUAUUUUGUCUGAAAGCUGCUAAGAGAGUUGCAUUUUAGGUAUUAAGUCAUCCUGUAUGGAGAGAAUAAAUGCUAGAAAGCUGUGAUGUGAAGUUUACAGUUUUAUUGUAAUGACUUUACAUUAUCACAGAUACACUUUUAUAGAAGUAUGAAUAUAAAUGUUGGCUCUUUUAAAAAUUGAUGAAUUCGAGGGAAAUUUUGAACAUCUAUGCUUGAUUAUUUCAAACUAUUUGCAACAGUCUCAGUAUUUUGAAUAGUCAAGGUCAAUAGUUUUAAAAAACAGAAGCCCACAACAACAAACCAAGGAGAAAAAACUGUCGCUAUCUGGUUGAGUUCAAAAGAUCUCAGUUUUUGAGAAAAUAAAGGUUUAUUCUGAUAGUCAAGUGGCAAAAUGUGUCUAUAUUUACUGUUCUUUGGCUAUGGCUGCUUUUAAAUAAGAGGUAUUUAGAGAAUCAUAGCUGAAGUUAAUUUAACACUCCAGCUACAUCUAAAAGCUCUUCAAGCUGCUCUAGGGUUGUACAGGCAUAUGCAGUGAAGUAAAAUAGACUAAAAAUAGUAUAUGGUGUGGAAUAAGUAUAAUAAAAUGGUUUUAGAACAAGAGUAAUCCUUAGGCUGUCUAUAUUCAUCAGAUGCACUCAAGUCACAAUUCAAGCAUGGAAAGUUAAGCCUUCAAUUUAUGUAGAAAUGUUUGUUAUACUGUAGUGUUUGUAGGCUGUAAUAUAAUUAAACCAUGUAGCUUUGGUUCUAUGCAAUCAGUAAUGGUUAUUCUGUGUUUUCUGAGACAGAGUGAAAACAACCAACCCAAAAUCCAACAAUACCAGCAAACCAUCUUUAGUAAUGUCAAUUUAUCCAUCUUGAAAAAUGGAUUUUUUUAGAUAUGUGGAUUUCAUAUUUGAUUAAAAAACCUCAAACCUUCCACAAUGGGCUUUAAGAUGCUGCAGUUUGUUCUCCAUGUGUACUUACUGUUUGUCACAGCUGUGGAAAAAACACAAUUCAGUUCACCUAUUUGUUCUUACCCCACAAACUUUGUUGAAAAUAAAUUUCUGCAAAUGUUACUUGUAACCAAAUAGUAGUAAUUCACAGUGAUUCAUUCAAGGAACUUGUAAUGAGAUUAAUCUGUCUUACUACAUAUGUUUUGUUAAUACUGCAAUUGUGUAAAUUCUUUAUCUUUGCAGAAAAGUAACUUGGUUUUAUUAUUUACUUUUCAAAAGCAUUGUUUCCAGAACUGCAUAUCAUGUUUCUGCUGAAAAAGCCCUUUUUUGACUUCACAGAGCUGUAGAUUAAUCUGAAGUUGUUUAAAAGUUUCUAAAGCGUCACUUAACAUUCAUUUUUGAUGUGUAGAAAAUAUUUAAACAGUUUUACAGGAUAAAGAUGGGUAUACUUACACAUUCUAGAAUGUAAAUCUUUCAUGUAAAAAUUACUCACUUGGAUUUUUCUUGUAUGAAAGCAAAUCUCAAUUGUGAAAUCCAAAGAUGAAUAAAGCUGUAUAAAGGGAA